CCAAUUUUUGUGGGCAUGGUUUUGUGUAAAUCUCGUUCUGUGUUCUACCGGUCAGCAGGGUCAGAGUUUGUGAGAGAGGACGGGAACCACUUGGCACUGGCUCCAUACCUGGAUCUGCUGAACCACUCAGUGGGGGCUCAGGUAGAGGCGGGUUACAAUCAGGAGAGUGGUUGCUAUGAAAUCUACACAGGUGACACGUACAGGAAGCACAGCCAGGUGUUCAUUUCCUAUGGUAACCAUGACAACUACCACCUCCUAGUGGAGUAUGGCUUCACUCUACCAGACAACCCUAACGAUGUCUUCCAAGUAGAAUAUGAUGAUGUGUUAAAUGCCGCCUUAUCUUUGGGUGUGGAUAACAUGGAGAAGAAGAAAGAAAUUAUACAACAGCAAAGCUUCCACAGACAAUUGGUUUGCUCUAUGGAAGGUAUGUCCUGGAACCUACUCCUGGUCACAAGAAUUUUAGCCAUGAACUGGACAGAGCUAGAGCAGUGGAAGUUGGUGCUGACUGGAUUUGCAAUGUCUGAUCGUAACAACACAUUGUCCAGACAGAUCGCAAGAACAUUCCUCACCAAGUACAUCAAACAGAAUCAGGAUCUGAUCACCAAGUUUGAUACUCCACUGUCUCCAAACACGGUUGAAUCUAUGGUUUUUUCUAUUGUACAAACCGAGAGGAAUAUUCUACAGUUAACUUGGACUUCAGUGACUUGACAACUACAAUACGUUUAUCUAGGCACCCAGCGACCAAGAGAUGUGCCAGCUACAAGAUCUAUAGACAAAGUGAUUCCAUUGUCUCUGUCAGAGGCAAAGUGAUUGGCCACAAUAUUAGUUUACAUUCCAUCAUGAUGUAGAUGGGCUAAAAUAUCGGUAGGGAUAACAUAUGGAUGUAGAAAGUGAUGGGCUACAAUAUCGGUAUAGGGAUAACAUAUGGAUAUAGAAAGUGAUGGACUAUAUUACAUGUAUUAGCAGGGAUUCAAUCGUGAUGCUGAAAGUGAUGGGCUACAAUAUCGGUAGACAAUUCCAUUUUGGUAUAAAAAGGACGUCUACUUAAUGCACCAGAUAAUUGCUAGAGGACUACAUCACUAAUGUUAAAGAAUGUUCUUGAUGAUCGUACUCUGUUCAGCCAGGACAUUUGGAAUUUAAUGACUGAGGAUGAACUGCUUAAGAAUAUGUAUAUGAUGUUGAACAAGAUGUCUUCGUUUAAGUAACAUAAUAGUUUAUAAUUAUAAUAAAUCAAAGUUUAUUAUAUGUUUAAAUGAUCAAUGGUUACUAGGUUUGUGAAACUCCAAAAAAAAGAAAUCAAUACAAAUCGUAUAGAACUAAUGAUUCAAGUCACGAUUAUCUAUAAUUCUUUAAUUAUUGCCGUGUACAAACAAGUAUUCGGAUUUUUUAACAAUAGUUUGAUUUCGGUAUAAUUUUUUUUAUUGAAUAAGGUAUCUAGUUUUAAAUGAGGAGUAAACAAAGAAAUAUUACAUCUAGUUUAACAAAAUUCCUGCAAGAAUAACCAAACAGAACUUGUAGAAAUGGAUAUUGAGUAAACCAUUUUUUAUUCUCCAUGUCUUUUAUUAUUGUGCUUGACAUGUGAGAAAAUCGUUUGUUUUGCAACUGAGCACAUGUUACAUGUGAUAAUCAAAUUUGACCUUUAUUGAUUAUUUUUUUAUGUCCCCUAUGAUUCUGUGUUAAAAACGUCUACAAUCUAGAACUAAGACAAACCAACAUGACACAAAACAACAUGAAUAAAAUAUUAUCAAUGGUUAAACAAC